AUGAUUUCAGUACUUAAUCAACUUAUAGAUGAACGUGAAAUAUUAUCAAGAGAAAAUGAAUCUUUAUUAAUUGAAACAAUGAAUGAAAUGAGAAAAGAACGACGUUUAUUAUUUAAAUUAUCAUCCAAUUUAACAACAAAACAUAAUUAUGAUGAACAAGUACAGCAUGCACCAAUUCCAAUUCGGUUCGGUUCCAAUUCUAGAAUUGGUUGGAAUUGGAAUUGGUGCAUGCCUAGUUCUCUAAAUAGAAGUGUGGCAAAAAAUUUGUUUGUUUAA